AUGUUUGUUCUCAUCUGGACGGCUCUGCUCUUCUCUGUGAGAGACGUCACUGCUGACACAGGAGAAUCAGUGAAGGGAUUACAACCAUGUCAUCAAGGAUUAUGUAUCACUCUCAGUGAAGGAGAAAUCACAGCAGAGGCUGGACUCUGUGUUGUGAUACCGUGUUCUUUCACUACUGGUGAUGACUUUACACCUCGACAUAUGGUGUGGUUCAAAUGUGAACCACCUAAAACCAAAUGUGGAGACGUAGACAUUAUACUCCACACUAACAAGAAUAACAAAAAAGUUCAGUCUGAGUUCUUAGGACGAGUUUCACUGUUGGAGCCUGACAUGAUGAAGAGGAACUGCAGCAUCAUCAUCAAUAACCUCACUGAGUCCGACUCUGGAUUUUAUCAACUCAGAGUUAAUGGUGUCAAGUAUGGUAAAAACUGGUUUUGCAGUCGUGAGUCAGCAAGGUGAUUUACAUUCUCUACAAGAGCAACUGUCUCUGUUAAAGCUCUUACCCAGAAGCCCUCAGUGCUGAUUCCUCCUCUGACUGAGGGGCGGCAGACCACACUGACCUGCACUGCUCCUGGUCUCUGCUCUGGUUCUGAUCCAGAAAUCACCUGGAGGUGGAGAGGAGCAGGAGAGAAGGACUCUCACAUCACAGGAAACAUCACUGGUGUCACACAGAGACGCAGUUCAACGUUGACCUUUAACCCUUCAGCUGAACACCACGGCACCCACGUCACCUGUAAGGUCAGCUUCACAAGCAGCAUCACUACAGAGGAGACAGAGACUCUGAGUUUGGCCUGGUUUUCAAACAUCUCAAAAAGCUCCCGGUGUGAGGUCCAGUCGGGGGUCCUGACCUGUGUGUGCGUCAGCGAGGGGUUUCCUCUUCCCACCAUCACAUGGCCGCUGUUGGAGUCUCACGCUGAGCACUCUGUCACUACCAGUAAGUCAGGCCGCACCGUCGUCAGCGUCACUGUUUCUGUGAAGGAUCGCAACUACACCACUGUCGAGUGUGUCAGCAGCAAUGCACUCUGGGAAGCAAAAGAAAACCUCACGGUCAGCAGAAUAAAGGAGUCGAAACUAGACGGUAAGUUUUGA